AUGACCUCCAGAAGCCACAACUCCUUACCGAGAACUCUGAUGGCUCCACGAAUGCUUUCUGAAGGUGCCCUGGGGGGCAUUGCCCAAAUCACCCCCUCGCUGUACCUGAGCCGGGGCAGCGUCGCUUCCAACCGGCACCUGCUCCUCUCCCGGGGAAUCACCUGCAUUAUCAAUGCCACCAUCGAGAUUCCCAAUUUCAACUGGCCCCAGUUUGAAUACGUGAAAGUGCCUUUGGCUGACAUGCCCAACGCUCCCAUCUCCCUGUACUUCGACAGCGUCGCCGACAAGAUCAACAGCGUGGCGCGGAAGCACGGUGCCACCUUAGUGCACUGCGCCGCCGGCGUGAGCAGGUCGGCCACCCUCUGCAUCGCCUACCUGAUGAAGUACCACAAGGUGUCCCUCUUUGAGGCCUACAACUGGGUCAAAUCGAGACGCCCCGUUAUACGCCCCAACGUGGGCUUCUGGAGGCAACUGAUAGACUACGAGAGGAAGCUCUUUGGGAAGACGACGGUUAAAAUGGUACAGACACCCUAUGGCAUCAUCCCAGACGUUUAUGAGAGAGAGAGGAGACCCCUGAUGCCUUACUGGGGGAUUUAAUGGGACUGCAGAUGGGGAGCACAACAGAAGGGAUGCGCUGUUCUGAGUCAACCAGACUGGGGACAUUCCCUUCUCCUUCUACAGCCAACUUUGGUUCUUUACCAUACAGCAGAACCUCAACUAAUUCUCACCUCACUAACCUGCAAAGCCAACGACCCCCUUCAAAGCAUUUCUCUCUACAGGGAUUCCCCUCCCCCCCCGCAUUUCUCUGAUUUAGAAUGAGGCCUCCUUAUAAGUUUAUUCCUUCCAUAAAGCCUCCCCCCACUUUUUAGUCAGUUUAUUAGGAUCCUAGGAGGAAAGGCCUGAAAGGCAUUUGGCAGAGUUGAUGAACAGAGCGUGCUUUGUGAUGUGGUAG